AUGAUUUCCACGGACACAGAAUUCAUGGCAAUUAAAAAUAACGUGAAAGAAUUUUUAUUGCUAGGGCUGACCCAGAAUCUGAAAGGGAAGAAAAUCAUAUUUGCUAUAUUCUUAGUUUUUUAUAUUGCUAUCCUGCUUGGAAGACUCCUGAUCAUAACUAUCAAGUUGAGCCAGACUCUUGGGUCCCCUACGUACUAUUUCCUGACCUACUUGUCUUUUUCUGAUACUUGCUUCUCCACCACCACAGCCCCCAGAUUGAUUGUAGACUCACUGUCGGACAAGAAGACCAUACCCUUCAGUAACUGCAUGAUCCAGAUCUUUGUGUUUCAUCUCUUCACCUCCUUGGAAAUCCUGGUCCUCAUUCUGAUGGCCUACGACCGCUACAAGGCCAUCUGCAAGCCCCUCUUCUAUGCCCCCAUCAUGAAUCAGCGUCUGUGCGGCGUCCUGAUGGGCUUAGCGUGGGACACCUUCUUUUUGGAUAAAUCGGUGUCAGUCUUUUAUACGAUCAUUACUCCCUUGCUAAAUCUUAUGAGCUACACUCUGAGGAACAUGGAGGUGAAUAAUGCCAUUAAGAAGAAAUGGAACAGAAAAAGUACUCUUACUGAUAAAUUAAAGUUUUUCUGUGCAGUUGUUUUAAGUGUUGAUGAUGGUUUGAAUUAG